AUAUUUAAACCCCCUAGCCUCUGAAAAAUCCCGUAAAGAUGGUCGACCGCGAGCAGCUGGUGCAGAAAGCCCGGCUGGCAGAGCAAGCCGAGAGAUACGACGACAUGGCGGCUGCCAUGAAGAACGUGACAGAACUGAAUGAGCCACUGUCCAAUGAAGAAAGAAACCUCUUGUCCGUAGCUUACAAGAAUGUAGUUGGGGCCCGACGCUCCUCUUGGCGAGUAAUUAGUAGCAUUGAGCAGAAGACUUCUGCUGAUGGCAAUGAGAAGAAAAUUGAGAUGGUGCGGGCUUAUCGUGAGAAGAUUGAGAAGGAAUUGGAAGCUGUGUGCCAGGAUGUACUCAGUCUCCUAGACAACUACCUGAUCAAGAACUGCAGCGAGACCCAGUAUGAGAGCAAAGUCUUCUACUUGAAGAUGAAAGGGGACUAUUAUCGCUAUCUUGCUGAGGUGGCCACAGGGGAGAAGAGAGCGACUGUGGUGGAAUCCUCUGAGAAGGCAUACAAUGAAGCUCAUGAGAUUAGCAAGGAACACAUGCAGCCAACUCACCCCAUCCGACUUGGCCUGGCCCUUAACUACUCUGUUUUCUACUAUGAGAUCCAGAAUGCCCCUGAACAGGCAUGCCACCUGGCCAAGACGGCUUUUGAUGAUGCCAUUGCUGAGCUGGACACCCUCAACGAGGAUUCCUACAAGGACUCAACGCUCAUCAUGCAGCUGCUCCGUGAUAACCUAACACUCUGGACAAGCGACCAGCAAGAUGAUGACGGUGGUGAAGGCAACAACUAGAACCUUUGGAUGGACUGGCAGCCGCACGCCGAUGCUACU